AUAUAUUAAUAUUAAAAAGUAAAAUAACAAUGGAGAAACUAUAUGUUAUAAAUAAAUUUAAAAUAUAAGAGUUAAGAAAGAAAGAGAGAGAUAAAGCAGAGGUGUCCCAAAGGUUGGUUUAUGGUGGCCAAAGCCAAGGUUAGCUCCCGCUGAUUUGCAGAGAGAAUCCAAAGGACAAUUAGAGAGAGAGAGAGAGAGAGAGAGAGAAGCAGUAAGUAACCAGAACUGAACAGAACGCCGAGAACCCCCACCUCCCCCCCAAAAAAAAGGGAGAGAGAAAGAGAUUGUUAUAGUUUUGAAAAUUCCAAUCAAGUCCUUUUUCUUCUUAUCCAAUCCUCUGAGAAAAAUAACUGGAUAUAAAAGUUUCUUACACCAAUUACGAAUCAGAAACAGAUCUAUUUUUUUAUUAUCUUUUUGUUGAACAGAUAUGAUGCUUUCCGCAUUGUGAUUUUUUUAAAGAAAAAACUAUAGAUUUUUUUUUUAAAUUUAUGCGUAUUAAUUGUAAUACAGAGAUCUGUUUUUCCAUUUAUUCUUCUUCUUCAUGAGAAAUUGACAAAAAUGGUAACUGAAUAUUUUGUGUAAUCAAAAGUUUUAUUGUUUGUGGGGUUCAGGAUUUUUGGGUUCUUAUCCUUUAUAGAGAGAAAAAAAAAUUGUUACAGCAGGCAAUUUGACUUUAUUUAUUUAUAUAUUUAAAAAAAAAAAUCCCAACGAAAAUUGAUUUUUUUUAAUCCAUUUAAAUUUUGUUUUCAUCAUUUGUUUAUUGGAUUCAGAUCAGUGCACAUAGGAAAAUAUUUUGACAGAAAUUUGAGUCAUUUUUGUUAAUGGGUUUCGUUUAUUUCAUUCAAAAUCAUUGAGGAAAUAGUCAAAGCUUUUAUUUGUUUGCUUCUUUGUAUUGCUUUCAAUAGAAAAAUCGAAUUUUUCGAAUGAAAUUUGUUUUAAUUCUAUCUGAAUAGGUUUAUGAGGGACUUGGUUCUUGGAUUCGGAGAAAUUUUUGGUCUUGGAAUUUUCAUACUGAGACACCCAGAAAAAGGAAAACAGAGAGAGAGAAAGAGAGAGCAAUAGAGAGAGGCAUUUGGAUUAAAUUUUGGGUUCUGUGAUUUCUCUUCCUUAAAAAGCUCAAUUGGGUUUUACGGAGACAUGUUGGAGGGUCGGUCCUGUCUGGUGUCGAGGCUAUUUCCGAGCUCUUGCCAGCCUGAAACACAGUGGUACAUGACUUGUCAAUUUGUCGAAGUUGAAAUUGGUAGCAGCAACAUUAAACGACAACUAGAGAUUGACCCUGAAGAGGACCAUCCGCAAAGGAAGUCGUCCAAGCUAUUGGAUUCUUGGGAGGGACUUGGAAUGUCUCAAGCUUCACGGGAGCUAUCGAAUAAUCGUCAUCAUGCUGGGAAUUCUUCAGAUUCUGAUUCCCUAAUCCAUCGAAUUGGCCGGGACAACUCGAUUAGUUGUCUGAUUCGCUGUUCAAGAUCUGAUUAUGGUUCCAUUGCUUCUUUGAAUAAGAGUUUCCGCUCUAUAUUUCGAAGUGGCGAGCUGUACAAGCUUAGGAGACUGAAUGGUGUGAUUGAACAUUGGGUAUACUUCUCUUGCCAGCUUCUUGAAUGGGAAGCUUUUGAUCCGGUUCGUGGUAGGUGGAUGCAUUUGCCUAGGAUGCCCUUAAAUGAAUGCUUCAUGUGUUCAGAUAAGGAAUCCUUAGCUGUGGGAACUGAACUUCUUGUAUUUGGUAAGGAGAUGAAUGCCAAUGUAAUACAUAGAUACAGUCUUUUGACAAAUUCUUGGUCAUCUGGAAUGAGGAUGAAUGCUCCAAGAUGCUUGUUUGGGUCUGCCAGCCUUGGGGAGAUAGCGAUUUUGGCGGGUGGUUGUGACUCUGGGGGGAAUAGUUUGAGCUCUGCCGAGCUGUACAAUUCCGAGACUCAGACAUGGGAGACACUCCCCAGUAUGAGCAAGCCGCGGAAGAUGUGUUCUGGAUUUUUCAUGGACCAUAAAUUUUACAUUAUUGGGGGGAUUGGAGGGAAUGAGAACACGGUUCUCACAUGCGGCGAGGAGUUCGAUUUACGGACGAGAACUUGGAGGGAAGUCGCCAACAUGUCUCCAGGAAGAGAUGCUGCCAUAGCCAAUGAAAUGCCUGCAACAGCAGAGGCACCACCUCUUGUUGCAGUUGUAAGUAAUCAAUUGUAUGCUGCUGACUACGCUGAUAUGGUGGUUAAAAAAUAUGACAAAGUGGAGAACUGUUGGUUCACAGUGGGGAGUUUGCCUGAACGGGCUGUGUCAAUGCACGGCUGGGGAGUGGCGUUUAGAGCUUGUGGGGAUCGGCUUAUUGUGAUAGGGGGGCCAAGGUCAGGUGAAUCUGUUAUAGAAGUGAACUCAUGGGUUCCAGGUGAAGGUCCAGCAGAAUGGCGUUUACUUGGAAGGAAGCAGUCCGGUAAUUUUGUCUAUAAUUGUGCUGUAAUGGGCUGCUGAUAUUUCAUUCCGGGCAUUGCCUUUACACUUACAGAAUUGGUGUCUCUGUCUCACUCCCCCACCAGGAUCUAUAAGAUUGAUUUGUCCAUCCACAAAAGUGUCCUGCUAAUUGGUAAUUUUCCUCUUCUUUUUUUUAUAGUUAAUUUUUCUCUUUGGGUGGGAGAUAAGGUGGGGAAGAAUUUCAGAUUUGACUCGAGAUUCAAUUGAAUAUUUACUUUUACUAGAAGGAGAGAAUUUGAGUUUUUUUUUCCUUUUUUAUUUUCUCUUUUUAACUUUUUUUCUCUUCAUAUCUUUAGUUCCAUUGGAUUUGUCUCCCCACCCCCAUUUUUAGUUACAUGAGAAAUAUCAAAAGUUGGCAUCAUUUUAGCACAGGAAUAGGCUCAAUAAUUUGGAGUAACAAACACAAUACUGGUUGCUGAAAGCUAUUUUUAAGAAACACAGAAACUAGUCAUAUGGGUUUCAUUUUUCUUCUUAAUUUUCUUGCCUUUGUCUUCAAGAGAGGAAAUAAGUUUGUGAAAGGUUGUUGUCUUGGACGCUGCCUUAUGUACUGAUUGCAUUAAUUGAUGAAAUUGAUGGGCUAUAUUUUUUAGCCUCCUCCCUUUUUAUGUCA